CCGUGUUGGUGGUGCUUGGUGGUGCCAGAGAUGAUGUAGACACCAUUCUACAGAAGAGCCAGGAGACAGGCUGACCUCGAAGCAGACCAACUCAAGCGUGCAGCUGAGGAGGAGCUGGAUAAGUUGGUCAGAUUAAGCAGGUCCACAGUACAAGCCAUGGAAGAGGAAGCAAUAAGAAAUGCCCAGCAAAAGGAGCGAGAUCCAGCGCGAGAGGCAGUUGUAAGAUCCUUACAGGAAGCAACUGUAGAGAUGGAGGGACACAUACAAGCCAUGGAGGAGGCAGAGUCACGGCAGCACAAAUUUUCUGUUGAUGAUACGACAUGUUUGACAAACGGGGCUCCAACCUCAUUCUCAUUAGGAACUGGCACUUCCAAAUUGUCCCAGUCACCAUCUGCAUCAUCAUCAUUAUCUUCCUUAUCAAAUUCCUCAGCUUCUUUACCUCCUUCACCUCCUGCUUUCAGUAUUUCAUCGUAUGGAAAUGGUCCCACUACUUCUGCAAAGAAAUUGAACAGCUUGCCAUUGUGGGAAGCAUCUGCUAAGCCUUCAUCUAUUCUUGCUUCUUCCACCUUGACAGUAAAACCACCAAUUCUCACGCCCAAGCCUACCUUCACCCUCAGUCCCCUUCCCCAGUCUUCCACUCAAUCAAUUGUUACCCCAAACACUAGUGAUACUACAAAUAGUCAUAGUAGCCAUGGCUCUUCUCCACCCUCCUCUGUCUCCUCCACCACAUCUAAUUUAUCAUCCCUUAACCCAUCACCACCACCAUCAUUACCAUCCCCAUCAUCUCCAAGAGCACCUUAUCCUCUGUUUAUUGUAGAAACAGAAGAAAAUGAAAAAAAUCAACAGAUGCCAUCACUCUCUUCAAAUGUGGUCGGUGUAGCAGCACAAAUCAAACGUUUUGAACAGUUAUCAGAGGGAUCACUGGAAGCUCUCAAGACAGCCACUCUGGAGAGAGCCAAGAAACGUCGGCAGAAGGAAAUCUUGGAACACCUCCGCAGUCAGGUAGAAGCAGCGCGCCAGCAGGUUACUGAUGCUACCAACAAACAGUCUGCUGAAAAGGAUGAAAUUGCUUGGCAGGAGCAAGAACGCAAGGCAAAAGAAGCAGAGAGACGUAUAAGGGAGAUAGCACGUAGAGCCCGCGAGGAACACCGUCGUGCCUCGCACCACUCUCCGCCAGCCCAUGCCAUCAACAGAAAUCUUAAUGGCCUUACCCACAUUACCCUCUUCAAGAAUGGCAUUAAUGGGGUUAAUGUCCACACUGGGGUUGGAGGUGAUAUUAAUGGGAAUAUCAAGACUGCUUCAGAAGAUAUCAGUAACAACAACAAAAACACCCCGAGUAACAACAGCAGUAGCAGCAACAGUGGCAGUAGCAGCAUCCAUGGCAACAACAACAGCACCUGCAGUAUCAACAGUGGCAUAAUUAAGAAUGGUUAUGUUCCUGGUUGCAUCCGCCAAAGACUACGACCACCUAAACCUCCCUCGCGGGCAUCAAUUGUGGCAUGGUUCCGUGACGAGGAACUACCUCGUGGCGCCGGCCUGGAGCCUUCACGUACCAAGAUUGCCCCGUGGUUUCAUGGUAUCAUCAGCAGGACUGAGGCAGAAGAAAUAUUAUGUGUGGCAGCUGUUGGAUGUUUCCUUGUGAGAGUGAGUGAACGCAUCUGGGGAUAUGCCAUAUCGUACAAGGCUGCUGACCGCUGCAGGCACUACCUUAUUGAUGUAACCGGGGGAAAGUACACAUUCUUCGGUUCUCACCAAGCAUCUCAUGAAACCCUUAGUGAUCUUGUGGAGUACCACAAGAAGGAAGCCAUAACAGCAACAGGAGGAGAGCUGCUAACUUGCCCCUGCAAUCAACCCAACCUGAAGCGACCAAACUAUGUAGAACUGUUUACGGGAACUCGCUAUUUAACCUUCUAGUUUAUGGAAGGAUCACAGGGAUACUGAGCUUGUACAAAAAAAAAUUAUACUAAAAUAAGUUGAAAGCUGCAACUGUACAUUACUAGAAUUAAAGCUGCCGGCAACCCACGGACGGAACAUUUUGUAUAUUUAGAAUUUCUCUGCAUGUUAAGGAUUGAUGCAUCAUCCCAGAAUAUAACGAUGUUGAGAAUUAUUGCAUAUAGAACACUGGAGAGGGUUUCGGGGGUCACUGUCCCCACGGCGUUGACCCCUGCUGAUUCUUGCUUAUAUCAGGAAGUACAAUAUAUAUAUUUUUUUUCAACGAACUGGCCAUAUUCCACCAAGGCAAGAUGACUUAGUUUUUCUUUUACAAUACGUAUAUUUAUAAUAUCAUUAUUUUCAUAGCUUAUGGAACAUUUCCAAACCAAUGGGUGAUGGGAGGUAAUCAGAUUCAAUCCAAGGGGAGGGUAGCUCCAGUUUCUUGAAUCAAGAGCCCAUACCAGCAUCAAGGUAUAAAAUAUAAGCCAUGAUGCACAAUUUGGUUUCCAAACUUGAAAUGUCGCAUCAGUUUUAAAAAUUUUAAUUUAUAUCUUUGUAGAAUAUAUUGUUUCUAAUGAAAAUGGGGGAUAAUUCUUGCAUUUUGUGAUAAAAUACAAAUAUACUUCUGUAAAUAUAACUUCAUUAAAGAAUAAGAAACCUGA